AUGGACAGGAAGGCUCGCCGGAGAACCGGGGCCUUCUCAGCACACGCAGCCUGCUGGACCAUUUUGCCUGCCCCGGUGCUAUUAACCGCGUUGAUUAACCCAUCCCCGACUGCAUCUGGAAGACCAGUACCUCCUGCUGAAAUGGGACUGAAAUCCCAGAGAGUGCUAGCAGGUGCGUGCACAGAUACCCGCGACAUCGGUGCAAUGCUCCAGCGCCAGUCGUCCCACAAGAUGGCGGCUGUGCCAGACCAGGACACCAACUCCACCUGCUCGGAGAAGGUUCCUGAGGAGUCAACAGACCCAGAUGCACUGACUCCAGCCACCAAACUGGACAGAAGCAAGCUCCUGCUAGAAUUAAAGCAAAUGUUAGCUGCAGACAUGGAUCUAGUGAGGACAGAGCUACAGGCGGUAGUCCAAGCAUCAGAGGAGGAAAUCCUAGAUGUCCGACAAGAGGUGAAGGGACUCAAAGAGAUGGUCCUACAACUACAAUCCUCCCAUGCCAUCCUACUCACAAAGCUAGACAUAGCAAAGGACCGAAGCUGCAGAGCAAACAUCAAAAUCAGGGGCGUCCCAGACACGAUUAGCCCGGCUGAGCUACCACACUAUAUCAGACGCCUCCUGACCACUUUGCUACCACACGCCCAGGUGAAAAAGCUAAUGCUGGAGGGACUCUUUUGCAUCAAUAAACCUUGAGUAGCACCACCUCUGGCAUCUCGAGAUGUGAUAGUUCGAUGCCAAUCCCUAACAGACAAAAAGCAUGUCCUCACUGCAGUGAAAGGCAAAACUCUGGUUGACUUCGAGUCCUCCCAACUCACCUUUUCCAGGACCACCCUGCAAUGGAGGAAAACGCUGGGUCCAAUAACCGGCUGCUUGCGAGAGGCUGCAGUGGAUUACCACUGGACACUACCAAGAGCUUUGUUGGCUGUGCAAAACUGCACCCCCACGAAACUCUCUCAACAUCGGCCUCCCAAACAAUACGGGGACCCCGGAGGGACCUAUUGUGCAGCAUGCCUGGGACCAUGCAAGGACUAUCCCCUUCGUACCAUGGAAGAGAGGAGCACCGAUGGCAGCAACCUAGGCAACGAAUGAGUCGACGGGAAAUUCAUACAUAUGUUCUAUCCUGCUAG